AUGAAACUUUCAAUACAAGACCAUUUGCCCACAAUCCAAUAUAUCACUCCAAGUGCAUUCCUCUACCCGAUGAGUUCGCAGAAGUUGCAGGCUCAGCGACGUGGUGUGCCGUCGCUCAAUUUGAGGCUUCAACCGGGGGCUAUGCAGAAAUCAAAAGACGUAGUGAACAUAAAAGACACGCGACAUAACAUCAAAUCGAACCCUCUGAGGGCGCGGCAGCUUAGCAAUGAUGAAGUACGACCUCACUCUCCGUGGGGAACCGAGGGGCAUCAUCCCACUGUCCGCCUUCUCCAGAAGAAGAAGGCGGCUGAAAGGAAAGGUCUGGGUCUCAACAUGGACAAGAGCUCCGAGCUCGCGGGCAACUUGCCUAAUCCCACCAAGUCCCCACGUUCUUUCAGAUUAGGUUUUCUUCUUCCGACAAACAUCUACCAAGGCGGGAAUGGAUCCAAACGCAGCAUACCUGGCGGCGAGAAACUUGAGUCGCAACGUUUUGGCACCAAUUCCAAGUACCUCCACGGAAACACGGUAUUUUUCCUAGGUAGAAGGUUACAGACCACAAGAGACCAUCCCAUGAGCAUCGCAACAGGCUUCUCUAUUGUACUCCCCGCCGUGCUAUUUUUCAUAUUCUCGGCACCUUGGCUCUGGCACAACAUCUCCCCUUUUGUUCCACUGAUUUUAGCCUACAUCUUUUAUAUUUGCAUCUCGUCAUUCCUACACACUUCUGCAUCUGAUCUUGGGAUUCUACCCCGAAAUAUCCACAACCCUUUUGCUCCUGAAAAUCAAGGUCACCUGGUAUUAACGACACCCAGUACCGACUGGACCCUGAUUAAGUCGGCAGAAUCUUCGACGGGCUUCAUGGAAAUUUCGACCAAAUACUGCAAGACGUGUCAUAUCUGGCGGCCUCCACGUGCCCAUCAUUCUCGCCUCUGUGAUAAUUGUUUCCAGAUAACCGACCACCAUUGCGUUUGGAUUAACAACUGGCCGCCGAAACUACCGCUGAUUCUUUGCAUUUCUUUCGUCGGGCGAAAAUCAGUGCCAACAUCUCAUUCGGCCAUGCUAUCGAUAAAUUUCGUGUCCCCUUUACUCGUCGGGCUCAUGUACACGGCGGCUCUUACAGCGUACCACGUUUUCCUGAUGGCGUGUGGCGAGACUACACGAGAGUUUCUGAACUCUCACAAUAUCCCCCGGAAUGAGCGAUAA